CCAUUGCCAUUAAUUUUCAGUGCUUCUGGAAUUUUGAACUUCGUUCUCGUCAGUAUUUGCCUGCCUCGAUAGUCACAGAUAGGGUACCUAUUCCUUCAGUACGGCCACAUCCAUGACCGCGCCCAAUAGCCAAGUCGAUAGCCAAGUCGCUGGUUUCGGCCCCGCGGUUCCAGCUGAGGAACUGGACGUACGGGAAGAUGCUCAAUCAGUCGCCUCAAGUAAAUCCUCAUCCACAUUCUCCUGGGGCGGCGGCAGCACGCCUUCACUACCGCGCAUUGACGAGGACGUGAGCAGCAACACCGCCACAUCCAUCGACUCCACCAGCUGGCGGUCAUCGACCGAGUCCAUAAGGUCGAGCAUCUACAACUUCGUCGAAGAAAACGGGCGGACAUACCACCGGUACAAAGCCGGAAAAUACCCUUUGCCCAAUGAUGUUAUGGAGCAGGAGCGUCUCGACUUGCAGCACUACCUCUUUCUCCUAACGACAAACAACAAACUACAGCUUGCGCAUCUGCCGCCCAACAGCCGGCGUGCCCUCGAUAUAGCGACCGGGACAGGAAUAUGGGCCAUUGAUUUCGCGAGCAAGUACCCGGAAUGCGAAGUCAUCGGCACGGACCUCAGCCCCAUCCAGCCCGCGUACGUCCCGUCGAACUGCCGCUUCGAAAUCGACGACGCCGAAGACGAAUGGACAUUUACUGAACCCUUCGACUUCAUACACGGCCGAGCGCUCCUCUCCUGCUUUCGGGACCCUGAACACGUCAUACAGCAAGGCUUUAUGCACCUCAAACCCGGCGGGAUAAUGGAGUUCCAAGACGGGAUUUUUCCUAUGGGAUACAUAGGGGACAUGCCCGUCGACUCGGCGCUCUACAAAUGGAACGAGCUGGUCAUGGAAGCGGCGGCGCUGACGUCAAGGCCGUGGACGAAUGUGCAGCAUUACAAGCGCUGGUUUGAGGAGGCGGGGUUCGAGGACGUGAACGAGAGAAGGUUCUACUGGCCGACGAAUCCGUGGGCUAAGGGGAAGUAUUUCAAGACCUUGGCCACCUAUUUUCAUCUCGAUUUGAUGAAUGGGCUGGAGGGAAUUAGUUUGAAGUUAUUUGGGCAUCUGGGGUGGGAAGUCGAGAGGACGAGGGCGUUUUUGGAGGAUGUGAAAAGGGAUUUUGCAGAUCCGAGGAUCAAUGGGUAUAUGACUGUGACCUUCGUGUCCGGUAGGAAACCUCUGGCGGCGAAUUUAAUGAUAAUUGCGUGAUGAUACCCACUACGACAACAUAGCCGUUGCGUCGGCAUGAUAGCAACCUAAUAUAGUGAUCAGCCAA